AGGAGACGAGGCUAUAAGCAGCGCGCAUUCCUGAGCAGCGCUCAGUGUGAGAAGCGGCGGUGAAGCCUGGCUUCUGUAACGCUUUCUCGAAAAGAAAAACCGGUCGAAUAAAGGGGGCUGCACAGCGGUGUGGAUUCCGUUACGAAGUCAGUGUGGGUCGCAGGACGGAAUUAAAGAGACAGAGAGAGCGGGGGAGAGAGAAAAUAAGUGCAGAGCGACGAUGUCGGAGUUCCUGGUAAGUCUGCUCGGCGAGCGGCUCGUCACCGGAGAGAAAGCCGAGGUGGACGUGCACGCGCUGGGCGGCGGGCUCGCGCUCCUCGGCCUCUACUUCGGCUGCAGCGCGAACGCGCCGUGCCGCCAGUUCAACAGCAGCCUGGCGGACUUCUACUGCCACUUCAAAACCUUCUCCGAGCACAAGGACAAACUGGAAAUUGUCUUCAUCUCGUCCGACCAGGACCAGAAACACUGGCAGGACUUCCUGCAGGAGAUGCGGUGGCCGGCGUUGCCUUUUAAAGACAGACACAAGAAGAUGAAGCUGUGGAACAAGUACAAGGUGACCAGUAUCCCCUCACUAGUGUUUGUGGAUGCAACAACAGGGAAGGUGGUCUGUCGCAACGGUUUACUUGUGGUGAAAGAUGACCCUAAAGGUCUGGAGUUCCCGUGGGGCCCAAUGCCCUUUGCGGAGGUGGUGGCCGGACCCCUGCUCAGGAACAAUAGACAGACGACAGACAGCAGCUCUCUGGAGGGUUCCUACGUAGGGAUUUACUUUUCUGCUCACUGGUGCCCUCCUUGCCGCAGCCUUACCCGAAUGCUGGUGGAGUCUUAUCGGAAAGUGAAGGAGUCUGGACACAAGUUUGAGAUCGUGUUUGUGAGCGCUGACAGAUCAGAAGAUUCUUUCACACAGUAUUUCAGUGAGAUGCCGUGGCUGGCCGUGCCAUACACAGACGAGGCCAGGAGAUCCCGCCUCAACCGACUCUACGGCAUACAAGGGAUCCCCACACUGAUUCUUUUGGACACAGAGGGUCACAUGAUCACGCGGCAGGGCCGGGUGGAGGUGCUCAAUGACCCCGAAUGCCGUCUUUUCCCUUGGCAUCCACGACCUGUGCUGGAGCUUAGCGAGUCCAAUGCUGUGCAACUCCAUGAAGGCCCCUGUCUCGUUCUGUUCGUAGAUGCAGAGGAGGAGGGUGAGCUGGAGCCAGCCAAGGAGCUUAUUCAGCCAAUUGCGGAGAAGAUCAUGGCCAAGUACAAAGCCAAGGAUGAGGAAACCCCACUGCUCUUUUUUGUGGCUGGAGAGGACGACAUGAGCGACUCUCUGCGUGAUUACACCAACCUCCCAGAGGCGGCGCCACUGCUCACCAUACUGGACAUGUCGGCCCGUGCCAAGUACGUCAAAGACGUGGAGGAGAUCACGCCGGCUGUGGUGGAGCAGUUUGUCAUUGACUUUCUAGCCGAAAAGCUCAAACCCGAGCCGAUAUAAAGUUGGACAGUAAACACGAUUCCAAUCAGCUCCAUGACUUCCGCUUCUCGCUCCAUUCUUCCUGUCAGACUCUCAGACGCUUCACUUUGUACUGAAUUGUUUUUUUGUUUUUUUGUUUUUUUUUUAAACAAACACAACCCCACAUCCCCACAGUCCCUCUUUCUCUCCUGUGGUGCCUUGCGUCUUUACAGUCCGGAUGGUCAUAAAACUUGAUAUAAAGAGUUCUGUUGUGGCAGUACAGUAUGUCAGAAUGUAGACAAAACCCUGCAGCUGCACUUGGAUUUAAAACACGUUAUUUUAUUAAAAAAAAAAAAAAAGUAAGGAAUAGCUUUUAUUUCCAGUACAAAAACUCUGAGGAACGCAGGACACAUGUUUCAGGAACAGGCUGCACAUUCUGUUCUUAUGGGUGCUGAUUCAUGGACCACCUGAGAUCUCAAAAGACAGUUUCACAAAGUCUGUUCUUUAGUUAAAGGAGUUUUACGCAGUCCAAAUAUUCACAAUCCAAAACUUUUUUUUCUUGAUAUUCCAUAUUUUUUGACACACUUCAGUGGAUUUUCUGUGAAGGUCCAGAUUAAUAAAGCAGUCCGAUUUUGAAGGCACGGAAUAGCAUUUAGCGAGUUUUCAUACUAAAUGUAGGCAUUCAUUAGUGUACGGCUUCUGUCUCUCCUCCAUUGUUUCUCUGUGAGCCCUGGCCAUUAAAACUGACUGUCUCGG